AUCGCUUUGACAGCCAAAAUAGAAAGACGGAGUCGAAAGUCACAAAUGCGUUGAUCUCAGUACCAUGGGCUCGUUUCUCCACCUGGCUCGAGUGUGUGUGUGUCGUUACCUUUGAUCUUGAGCUCGGACAAGCCAUAGAGUGGAUUGUUGGAUCAAUUUUACUGCUUCAAAAAAUCAUCCCAUAUAUUACAAGCCAUUAGGGGUAGCAUCUGUUACAGCAGUAUAUGCCUUGCCUUGUCUCUUUUUGUAGUUGAUCUACCCAAAUGAUGCUAAACUUACAGAGAAAGAGAAAACAAGCAUAUGCUAUUUAGCAUUUCCUGACUCAUUUUCAGGAUGCCUUGGGGACACACAGUUCAGUUUUAGGCUGCGGCAGUCUGUGGGACGAGUGAGUGGCAUGUGGUUUGGUGACAAAGAUGCAUACAACAGGGAAGCACCACUAACGCUGCAGAAGGAGAUGGCUUACUUCUACGGCUAUGUUUACUUUAGACAAGUAAAGGAUGUCUCUGUCAAAAGGGGCUACUUUCAGAAGUCUCUGGUGCUGGUCUCCAGACUGCCGUAUGUUUACUUGUUCCAGUCUCUACUCCAGAUCAUUGCUCCUGAGUACUUUGAGAAGUCAGAGCCUUGUUUGGAGGCAGUUUGCAAUGAGAUUGAUCAGUGGCCCCCACCUGUGCCAGGCCAGACUCUCAGUUUGCCUGUGAUGGGAGUCAUAUUGCAGGUCAGAAUUCCUUCAAAAGAGGACAAACCAGGAGGAAGUCCAAGCAGACAGGGACCGAAAGAGAAUCAUCUCUCUUCUCCCAUGGUUUUUCCUACCAUCCAUGAGCUGGAUCUUUUCAAGUGUUUCCAGUCUGUCCUCAUUCACAUACAAUUGCUGUGGGAGCUGACGUUGCUAGGAGAGCCGUUGGUCGUCAUGGCACCCUCUCCUUCAGUGUCCUCAGAAACUGUGCUGUCUCUAGUUAGCUGCAUCAGUCCACUGAGGUACUGCUGUGAUUUUCGGCCUUACUUUACCAUCCAUGACAGUGAGUUUAAGGAGUACACUACCAGAACUCAGGCACCGCCUAAUGUACUACUAGGUGUUACGAAUCCUUUCUUUAUAAAGUCCUUUCAGAGCUGGCCUCAUAUCAUGUGUCUGGGGGAGCUGAAGAUGUCCAGAGAUUUGCUGAAACAAGUUAAGGUCAAGAAACUGACCAAGUUGAAAACACUGGACACAAAACCAGGUAUAUACACAUUAUACAAAACAUUUAUUCAUAAAGACAAAGCCCUGAUCAAGCGACUCUUAAAGGGACUUCAGAGGAAAAGGCCUUCUGAGGUGCAGAGUGCCAUCUUGAGGCGGCAUUUUUUAGAACUGACACAGAGCUUUAUCGAUCCACUGGAGCGAUACGUGGACAGCCUGAUGCCACUGCAAAUAUCCAUGACUCCUUGGAAGACCCCUCCUCAGAUCCGCCUCUUCAGUCAGGAUGAGUUCUUGGGCACUCUGGAUCAUGCUGGGCCUCAAAUCAACUCCAUGCACAAAGGAGACUGGCUGGGCCUUUAUAAGCAAUUCUUUCAGUCUCCUAAUUUUGAUGGCUGGUUUCGUGCAAAGCACAGGGAAAUGACACAUAAGGUGGAAUGCCUUCAUUUAGAAGCCAUCUGUGAUGCUGAUCUGCUGAGUUGGACAAAAGACAAGUCUGAAGUGGAGACUGUUGACCUGAUUUUAAAAUUGCGUGAAAAAUUGAUGAGAGCUCAUAUGCAGCAGCUUCCAGUGAAGGAGGAAUUGCUGGACAAGCUAGAGAGCUACAUCCAUUCUGUGGUCAGCUCUCUGCCAGAUGAUCUGCAGACAGUACUAUACAAAGACUGACAUUAAAAUGAGUUUAAUGCAGGAAUCAAAAUUAGAGUUCAGCAGGUAAGCUCCAUUUCAGACAGGAGUUCUAGCAUUAAUCAAAAUACAGACAUCCUCCUGAAAGUGUUUGAGGUAGGAGUAUAUAAUAUAUGUGUAGCAUCUGCGAUCUGUGUGCCACAUAGAAAGUGACACCAUGGGGAUGAAGGCUUGGUGUGUGAUUCUGACUUUGUGGAAAAGAACCACCUCUGGAUGUGAUAGUCAGCUGUCCAUAUUUUGUCCAUAUUGUGUACUGUCCUAUGUACCUGUUAUAAUGACCUCAGUACACCUCUUAAUUUAAUUAAAUAACAAACUGUCAAUCAGUAAAUAUAGUUUCAGAUUUGAAUGGAACUGAGUGUACUGCAUGAGAUGACUUUUGGAGACUCAGUCAAAACUUUUAUAUAGUAUAGGAAUAAUGGUUGUAGUGACAGUUGUCAGGAUUGUCUUAUACAGUUUAUAUUUAGAUUUCACACUGACAUAUUUAUAAAGUAAAAGUGACCCAACACACAAGUAUUUAUUUAUAUUAUAGAAUUUAUCUAUUCUUGGGUGUUUUCAUUAAAAUAUUAGUUGGCACUGAGAGUUUAUGUUGAUCUUUAAUGUAUUUAAAUGUGUGUUAAAGAAAAUGUGUAUAAUAAGUGUGAUGUUUCCUAUGUUUGUACAGUCACAUGACAAAAGAAUAUUAUUAAGGAAAAAAACUGUUGUGUGGAGGUAGAUUUGAAAUAUACAUUUAAUAAGGCACUGAAUAAUUCUUUCUGAAAGUAAAUAAGCAAGACUUAAGCUCCCAAACACAUAUGUAACUUUACAAAAAAAGUAUACAUUACACCAUGACUUUUUAUAUCUGUGAGAAAUGUUGAGGGAGAACAUAACUGGUGACACAAUGGUUGCUUUCAUGCAAACAACUGUACAAGUCUAACUUUAUCACAGGAAGAUUAUUAUUAAUGGUAGCUGCAGAGUCACAAAAUUGCAGUUGUUGAUGCUCCAGUAAGGGUUUGCUGAAUUCAAGGCAAUAAUCAGAAUUGUUUAGCAGAACCAGAUACUCAGUACUGUAAUGAAAUAAUCAUCAGGAACAUAAUCCAAUUACCAAGAAACAGCAAAUUAUUGUGCAUAACUAAAAAAAAAAUCUGCCUUGGGUAUUCCACAAGAGGCCCGCUUUCUUGUCAGUUGUAUGUUUAUAAUCACAUAUACACACUUCUGAACAAGCUUUCAAGGCCUUGUUUACUAAUCUUGUACAAGGAAUGUGAUUAAAUGAUUGAUUUUU